AUGAUUUUACAUUCUCUAUCUGCAGAUUUCCUUAUAUUGUUCUUCACGGAGGCUCUUUUUUACUGUGGAGUUGCGGUGUUUCUUCUACUAGUAGACCAUUUACGAAAGCCCAUUGAGCCAGUUUCUGCUGUGAAUAACAGAGUCCUUGCUUCUCAACUGGGGCACCGAAUUUCUUCUGUUGCUGUUUUAGUUCUUAGUCUCAUAAUUCCUAUGGUGACAAUGGGUUUCGUGUGGCCAUGGACUGGCCCUGCAGCUUCUGCUACCCUGGCACCCUACCUUGUUGGUAUCGUUGUGCAGUUUGCAUUUGAACAGUACGCGAGAUAUAUAAAGUCACCGUCAUGGCCAGUCAUUCCCAUUAUCUUUCAAGUUUAUAGAUUGCACCAAUUGAAUAGGGCAGCACAACUGGUGACAGCUCUGUCAUUCACUGUGAGAGGAGCUGAGAUGACAUCACACAACCUGGCAAUAAAUAGCUCGUUGGGUACUCUUUUGAAUGUACUUCAAUUCCUUGGGGUGAUUUGCAUCUGGUCGCUGUCAAGCUUCAUCAUGAGAUUUAUCUCUUCUGUCCCUACGACUGAAUAA